AUUUGGCCAGCGACAAGCUCGCGACAGUCGAUCCUGUGCGCGUCUGAGCGAGUCAAGUCCACAUUCUAGGCAUUUUGGGUAAUGGGUCCGACUCCAAGAGCCGUCUUUAUGUGCCAUGAGCCAUGAAUGCAUCCGAAUCCGAUUCCUGUCUGUGCAGUAAUCAUGGUCGGUGGAUGGACGUUCUUUAACUUUCAGAUGUAGCCAGGCUGUUUUCGUUCUCCCACUCUUGAACCACCGACAGUAAGAUUGGAUUCCUGUGACCCUCCUUUCUUUCUGUCAUUUUUUUUUCUUCAGUUUCGCCGAUAGAUUCGGGCGAGCUUGACCGUAUAGAUGAAACACACGCUCCAUCAUAAUCAGCGAGAUUUCCCGAGUUGCGGCUGCAUUAGAACAUGUCUUGUACUCAUUAAGUCCCUCAUUGGCUCGUGAAUUCGAGAACCUCGACGGUCCACCACGGACAAUCUGCGUCGUCAGUUUUGAUGUUGUCGCCUUUUCGGCCUCCAAUCCAUUUCAUUUCCUGAAUUUUCUUUAAGCCCAAACGCAUGUCAUUAAUGAUGCCAAUGUUAUUAUGGUACGAUGCGCAAGGGACAAGCUUUUUCCCACAAGUACUCCAUUGAGAAAAUUAAUGUUCCGCCAUCAUUGCUGUGGAAAAGAGAGUAACUGGUCGUCUCUCGAAUGCCUAUGGUAUGACCAUUAGCCAAUCAAGAUUUUCCUUUCUUUUUUUUCUCAUUUUUCUUCGGGUAAAGAUCCAAUGGAUAGCUAGAAGCAGGACGGACUACCAUGCUCCUCUCCAGUCCACCGCACAUGAAUCCACGUUUCUGUCGUCCCGCUCUGCUUUUUCAAUUCUUCAAGAAACUUUCUUUUCCUCAAAACACAAACUUCCACACACUCCCCCUCUCCCUCUCCCUCUCCAUUAUUUCUCUCUCCACCAACUCCUCCAAGUUGACUCUUCUUUCUUCCUGCCUGCCCCCCUCUCUCUCUCUCUUUCUCUCUCUCUCACUGCAGACAGUCGUUGAAGCUCAACCCUUUCAGUCCUCGCCAAAUGGGUUGCUGUCUCAGCAAGACCCCUCCUCCUCGCCGCCGCUCUCCGCCGGACCAAUCCCGUUGCUCGCCGCCAAGGUCUCCAGCGCCGGCAUUCGGGAAAACCCACGUCGCUCUCGCCCCUCAGAAUGCGGGGACGAGGAACCCUCCUCCUCCGCCGCCGCCGCCGCUCGAGGAAGAGACGGUCAAAGAAGUCCUCUCCGAGACGCCGUUGCCGCCGAAGCCCCAGCUUCCGGAGGCCCCGCCCCCCCCCGCCGCCGCCCAAGCUCCAAGAAGACGGACCCGAGACCAAGAUCCUGAUCAGCAAGCUCGAGGAGGCCGCCGAGGUGGUGUCGGAGUACUCCGAGAUGUACAGCGUCACCGAGAGCUUGUCGACGGCGACCACCGCCACCACUGCCACGGAUAAGCGAGACGCGGAGGUGACCAGCAGGGAGUCGCGCGAGGUGAGGCAGGGGCUGAAGAGCAGAUCCCCGGCGAAGGUCCCGAGGAAGCGGCCGCCGUACGCGGGGGACCUCGCCGGCGGCGGAGGGGAGAGGAGGGGGUCAACCGGUCCCCCUCUCCGGCGAAGAGGAACCUGGCCGGCGUCACGGGAGCCGGUCGGGGGCGGGUCAGGGAGGCGGGCCGGGCGAGGACGGCGGCCGUGCAGCAGCGAAACGCGGGGUCUCCUUCCGGCGUGCCCAGGCGAGAUCCGGGCGAGACGUCCCGCCGUCGGUCGAGCUCACCGGCGACGAGGAGGGCCAGCGAGGCGGGUGCGGGCGCGGGCGCGAUGGGGUGGAGCCCCGCCAAGCGGGCCGCCGGGAGCGCCGGCGACCGGCCGGGGAAGGGCGAGGGCAGGGAGGAUCCGGUCGCCGAGAGCGCAGCAGAAAGGAAGGGCGGCGAGGAGCACAGGGACGCCGUGCCGGAGCAGGGGAACGAAUCUCUGGACAACCCACUCGUGUCCUUGGAGUGCUUCAUUUUCCUUUGAGUCCCCCCCGGCAACAUGUUUUUUCCUCGUUAGGAUUUUAGCUCAACACGUGAUCAUGAUGCUGCUGCAUUGACAUGGACUGGUCGGAGAGAGGAACAACACCAUGUUGGUAAUUCUCGAUUCGGUGAGGUUUCCCAACGGGCCAAACUCAAAAUGUAGAACGGUGUCUUUUUGUAAGUAUAUAUGAGAUUUAUGUAUCGUUGGCA